AUGAGCGACCGACGGAAGCUGGGUGAUACGGCCCUGGAUGUCUUGCUCUUCGCGGGGCUGAUGGGCGCCGGCCUCUAUGUCUUCAAGACGUUCAUGAACCCGUUACUCAGCAAUUUGAUCGACCCAGAAAAGGAGAAGCAAGACCGAACGAGGAAUCAAGCCAAAGCGCAUCUCGAGCGCCUGAAUCGGCGGCAGCGCUACGAGGAGAACGGGGACGACAGCAGCGGCACAGGUCGCAUGCAGGAAAUCCAGCUGAACGAGUAUGAGAACCUAGUCGCGCUCGAGAUGGUGGCGCCAGAGGACAUUCCAGUGGGGUUUGAUGAUAUUGGUGGACUCGAUGCGAUCAUCGAAGAGAUCAGGGAGGCCGUGAUCUACCCGCUGACCAUGCCACACCUAUAUGCACAUGCCGGAUCGCUACUCUCGGCGCCCUCGGGCGUUCUUCUGUUCGGCCCUCCGGGAUGUGGCAAGACAAUGUUGGCAAAGGCACUUGCGCACGAGAGCGGUGCCGCCUUUAUCAACCUUCACAUUUCAACUAUGACGGAGAAGUGGUAUGGUGACUCGAACAAGAUUGUGCGCGCCGUCUUCUCGUUGGCCCGCAAGAUGCAGCCCGCUAUCAUCUUUAUCGACGAGAUCGACGCGCUCCUGGGCACUCGCAGGAGUGGCGAGCAUGAGGCCAGCGGCAUGGUCAAGGCAGAGUUUAUGACACUGUGGGAUGGGCUGACUUCAUCGGACUCUGCUGGAAAGCCUGCGCAGAUCUGUGUGCUCGGCGCAACGAAUCGCAUCAACGAUAUCGACGAGGCGAUCCUGCGCCGCAUGCCAAAGAAGUUCCCCGUGCCACUGCCUGGCCGCGAGCAAAGGCGCAAGAUCCUCCAGCUCGUUCUGCGCGACUCCAAGAUGGACCCGGACAACUUUGACAUUGACUACGUGGCCAAGGUGACGGCAGGCAUGUCGGGCAGCGAUCUCAAGGAGGUGUGUCGGGAUGCGGCCAUGGCGCCCGUGCGCGAGUAUCUCAAGGCGCAUCGCACCAAGGGACAAUCCAUGCCUCCCCCGGAUCCCAGCCAGUUCCGCGGCAUCAGGAACGACGAUUUCCUCGGGAGGAGAGGGCAGGGCGGUGUGGCGCAAGGUACUGCAACCAAGCAGCCAGAGAGCGACGAGUACGAGGAUGUGGAGGAGCUGCCUAUAGAGCAGGCAGACUGA